AUGCUCGACACCCCGUCCACCUCGUCAACCACCAUCCACGACGAUCCCAGCGUCGCCCAUAUGGAAGCUGAGAGCGCCGAAACUGCUCGCGCUGGUGGCAACCGCGAUCGGGAUCAAGCGCCCCUCCCCACUUUUGCUAAAAAGCCAAAGAAUUUGGCAAACGACUCACCAGCACCAUUGGCUCUCGACGACCCCCAGCCAUCAUUUUGCCUGGUGAAUCUCCCGUCGAUCAGGAGAUCUCCCACGCGAACCCAGCUGGAAGGCGAUCUACGAUUCGCUCGCCGAAAAUCUGGACGCUGUUGGUCGAGACCGACUCAAGGUCGAGCUCCAACGAUUGGAAGAGGCCUAUGA